AUGUCUACGGCGCACGCGAACCCGACAACGCACAGGCCGCCCCAGAUUCGCACGAGACCACCUGAACUGCCAGUGCCGCCUGGUGUUGGAAGGACAAUAGCUGUUGGGGUGGGUGUGGUGGUCGCAAUCAUCGGUGGGUCUGUGGUUUGGCAGAACCAGAGGCAGAAACGCAAGGAAACGGAAGAUGCGAGACACUUGGGAGGAGGAAUUCCGACUUGGCAAUACCGUAUCUUCCAAGUUAACAACCCCGAUCUUGUCUCGCAUCUCCCCAAGACGACCAAGGCCGGUGUUGAGCAGGGCAUCAGGGGCGAGCAGGUGCACAGGCCCAUCACACACGAGCAUAACUCCAACCAUAUGAACGUGCAGCGAUUCGAGGAAAAGUACGGCCCCAACCACGAGCGGAAGUAUACGCAGCCUACUGCGCAGCGGUCGCACACCUACGACGACAACCUUGUCUACACCAAGAAAUCGUCCAGCCGCGAUGCGUCGGAGCCAGUGGGCGAGGAUAUGGCAAAGCAUGGCGAGAGGAAACCGAAGGACCAGCCUAAUCCUACUUCGCUGAAGAACCCUGACCUCCCAAGCGGGUCCGAGUCGUAA